AUGAACCCACAUGAAAGCCCUGAGCCAGAGCAACAAACUACAGCCAACACCGAUGGGAUCAACGAAUCAAAGCCUUCGGCAGCCCAGCUAGAGAACAUACAGGAAGCAAACCUCCAAAAGUUCAAGCUUUCCAAGAGUGGAGGCGACGUUGCCUUGGCACUCUUCGAAAACGUAGGCGAGAUCCGUGACCCUAUCGACCCGGAAGAGGACCGCAAACUCGUGCGCAAAGUUGAUUGGAUGAUUUUACCCUACAUUGCAGUCUGCUACGCCUUUUUCUACGGUACUGAGUACAACUGGCUGUCCUCGGUCUUCUACUUUGGCUUCCUCGUCUGGGCUCUUCCCACAAACUUCCUGCUGCAGAGAUUUCCCAUUGCAAAGUAUCUGGGAGCCAACAUCUUCGCAUGGGGAACAUUCCUAGUGCUCCAGGCCGUCGCGCCCAAUUUCACAGUCUUGGCCGUGCUGAGAGCCAUAAGCGGUGCAGCAGAGGCCUGCGCUGACCCUGCCUUCAUGAUCAUCACCAGCAUGUGGUACACCCGCCGGGAACAACCCAUCAAGGUCGGCCUCUGGUACACCGCCAAUGGCAUCGGCAUCGCCCUCGGCGGUCUCCUGGGCUACGGCAUUGGCAACAUCAAAGGAGCGCUCGCAUCAUGGAAGUACGAGUUCAUCAUCGUCGGUGCCCUUUGCUGCGCCUGGGGCAUCGUUAUCGCCGUCUUCCUCCCGGAUAAUCCCAUCACAAGCAAGACUCUCUCCCAGCGCGAGAAGAAAAUUGUGAUUGAACGACUGAGGGAGAAUCAGACCGGCGUCGAGAAUAAGAAGUUGAAGCUGUACCAGGUCCGGGAGGCAUUCGCAGACUUCAAGCUGUACUUCUUCUUCAUGAUUGCGCUGCUUCAGGCCAUUGUGAACGGGGGCACGUCGAACUUUGGGACGUUGAUUAUCAAGGGGUUUGACUUUUCCACGCUCAUUACUGCCGUUCUCCAAAUUCCCUAUGGGGUCCUCAUUUUCAUCGCCAUUCUGGCCUGCGUGUUCAUCAACGACAGGCUUCCUCCCAACAAUCGAUGCUUCAUGCUUGUCCUGUUCUUACUCCCCAACGUCGCGGGCGCAUUUGGACUACGAUUCGUGCCCGACGACCAGCGAGUCGCAAGACUUAUCUGCUGCUACUUGACCGGAUCCAUCAACGCUUCAUUCGUGCUCCUCCUCUCACUCCAAACAGCCAAUAUUGCGGGACACACCAAAAAGGUUGUCACGUCAGCCUGCCUCUUCCUGGGCUACUGCGUUGGAAACAUUGCUGGCCCAUUCAUUUACAAGUCCGACCAGGCACCCAAUUUACCACCCCGCCCGCCUUUUUUGUCUCUUCCUCUGGACCCCAGUGGUCCUCCAGGAAACGCAUGGGGUCUCUACGGCAAAGACGAUCGCUUAGGGGCGCUGAACCUUCUAACUCCAGCCAUCGUCGCCGCUGCAGCAGCAUCAGAGAUCCGGACCGGUGACCGCGUGUCGCUGGACUGGUCGCUAAACAACCCUUCGCAGCCGAGCUUCGACCGGGCGCCGUUUGAGUCGAAACUGGUCAACCGGGCGCAUCCCAACGGGGAGAAGCGGACGGUCAACGACGACAUCUUGCACUUCAACACGCAGUGCAGCAGCCAGUGGGACGGGUUCAGGCACUACGACGAAGGGUACCAGAAAGCCAAGCGGUACUACAACAACACGACUCAAGACGACCUGGAAAAUCCCGAAAAGAUCGGCAUCGAUGCCUGGGUCGAAAAGGGUGGCAUCGUCGGCCGGGGCGUCCUGCUCGAUUACGCAAGCUUUUGCGCCCGGCACGCACUCCCGCUCGACGCCUUCACAAGCAGCGACAUCACCCUCGAGCACCUGAAGCAGGUCGCCGCCGAGCAGAACGUCACCUUCCAGUCCGGCGACAUCCUGCUCAUCCGCUCGGGCUUCACGGCGGGCUACAACGCCAAAGACGACGCCGCGCAAAAGGCCGUCGCCGCUCGCGCUAGCUCCGACUUCCUCGGCGUCGAACCGACCAAGGACGUGCUGCGGUGGAUCUGGGAGACUGGGUUUGCGGCCGUGGCGGGCGACGCGCCGAGCUUCGAGAGGGCGCCCAUCGCGGGGCCUCAUACUGCCGUUGGGGGUGUGUGGAAGGGCGAAGCGUGGGAGGAGGAGAUGCAGAGCGGAGGUUUGCUGCAUCAGUGGCUGCUGGGCGGAUGGGGACUGCCGAUUGGGGAGAUGUUUGAUCUCGAGGCAUUGAGUGUCAAGUGCGCGGAGCUGGGGAGGUGGACGUUCUUUGUGAGCAGCAUGCCAUUGAAGGUGCCUGGAGGUGUUGCUAGUCCUCCCAACGCCGUGGCGAUCUUUUAA